UAUCAAUGAUACACGUCUAUGUAUAGGUUAAGAUAUUGAGGUAGACAACAUAUAUGGUAGCAUGUGAGUAGAACCUAAUUCAAACACCUUUUAACUAUUUUACCGGCUUUAGGUUUACAUUUUUCAUCUUAACCAUGUGGGGUAGAAGGCGCCUCACAGGCACAUAGACUAGAAUAACAAAUUAAAGAGUUUGAAUGGAUCGGGCGGAACUAUUGGAUGAAGAAGAGGUGAGGAGGCCACUGGGACUUGUUGCUGUCGCUGGGCGGGCCCACUGCUGCUGGUGCGCCAUGCGGGGGGUGUCAAUCGAAGGGGGAGAAACACGACGAGUGAGGGGAGUCACCUCAGCGCUGCGCGAGAUAUGAGACCGGGCCGCUCUGCUGUCGGUGCCUGUUCCGCUCAACAAGAACUCCACGAAGGCGUCCGCGGGGCCAGGAGACGGGCAGAGUGAGCCGAGAGAUCCCCCUGAGCGGAGGAGAAGAAGAAGAAGAAGAAGAAGAAGGAGAAGAAGAAGGAGAAGAAGAAGAGGACGGAGGAAACCACAGGAGCGUCUCUGUCAGUCGCAGUCUGCGGCGCGUGCACACAGCCUCUCGGCCGCCCCCCCCCCUCCUCGUGCGUGCGCGCGUGUGUUUACAAGUGUGCGAGACGACCGCCAGGAACGAGGGAAGGAGAGGUAGAAAAAAAAGAGGAAGAAGGAUAAGAAGAAGGAGGAGGAUAAAAGCCAAGGAAAGGAAGGAGGGAUGGUGGACAACUCCAACAGUAGCAAGGCGCAAAUGCCCAGUAUGUCACAAGAGCCUGGUGUGGCCUUUCCUCAGAGCACCUCUACAGGGGGGAUGAAGCUGGAGGCAGUGAUGGAGCAACUCCAGCGCCAACAGCAGGCUCGACUCGAAAUGGAGCGCAAGGAGAGGAAGCUGCGAGAGGCCCAUAUCAUGUAUGCCCAGCAGGUUGCUGCCCAGCAAGCCAUCCUGGCAGCUGCCCGGGCUUCUGGGGCCACAUUCAUGGGCAAAAGCCUGGCCGGAGUCAUCCCAGGAGGCGGGUUGCCUCCCCGGGUUUCCAAUCAGAGCAGUGUGGACUCCGAAAGAGAGGAUGAUGAGGACAGAGGCCGUGAUUCUGGUGAUGAGGAUGACGACAAUGAGAUGAUGGAAGGAGACGAGGGCAGUGAUGAGGAUGAGGGAAGUGCCAGUGGUCUGGAGUUCCUCCGCAAGCAGACCCUCGCUUUGCAGCAAAGCGCCUCCCGCAUCCCUUCCCGUCCAUUUGGCAGUUACUCUGCUUCGGCCCCCCAGAGGGCUGCGUCGCCGCCUAUCAGAGUGAAGCAGGAACCUGACGAGGGCCUGUCUCCUGCGGGGCCUCACUCAGCUACCUCUCCUAAUGGACAGGCAGACUGGGGUUUUGAAGAUCACUUCAGACAGAAUGGCAGUGCAGGUUGGGCGGAUGAGGCCGACAGCAGCAGAGGGAGAGGAGAGGCCUCCAGAGACUUUGCAAAGUUGUAUGAGUUGGACAGUGACCCCAAAAGGAAGGAGUUUUUGGAUGAUCUCUUCACCUUUAUGCAGAAAAGAGGAACCCCUGUCAAUCGUAUCCCCAUCAUGGCAAAGCAGGUCCUGGAUCUGUACAUGCUGUACAAGCUGGUGACUGAGAAGGGGGGGCUGGUGGAGGUCAUCAACAAAAAGAUCUGGAGAGAAAUCACAAAGGGACUCAACCUUCCUACCUCCAUCACUAGUGCAGCUUUCACCCUACGCACACAGUACAUGAAAUACCUGUACCCCUUUGAGUGCGAGAGGAAAGGCCUUAGCUCCCCGGGUGAGCUCCAGGCCGCCAUCGACAGUAACCGACGCGAAGGCCGUCGUCCGAGCUAUAGCAGCAGCCUCUUCCGCUUCUCCCCUUCUCCAAGCACAGCCCCCCACAUCCUCUCCCCUCCCAAGAUGCACCUUUCAGCUCUGGGGCACGGGACCUCGUCAGUCCUCAAUGGCCUGCAUGCCUCACCAGGACCCUCUCUGAAGAAAGAAGACCUGACCUCCUCCAUCAUGGCAGGGCGGUCCUCCAUGGCGCUGGCCCUGGGUCAGCACCAGGUUGCUGGAUUGGCAAGAGCCGCCACACUGGAGCAGUUGAGAGAAAAGCUGGAGACCGGCGUUGGAGGAGAAGGGCCAGAGAGGAAGAUGGCCCGUCUGGCAGAGGAGCAGCAGCGUCUGAUGCAGCAGGCUUUCCAACACAACCUGCUGGCUAUGGCGUCCCAAAUGCCUAUGAACCUGCGCAUGGGAGCCCCCGUCAUCACCACUAGAGAUCAGAAGCAGCAGGAUAUGUCUCUUAGCAUCUCGACUAAUGGGAAUGCCAGCAUCACAGUCUCAGUGGAGGUCAAUGGCACAGUCUACUCAGGAACCCUGUUUGCCCACAAGUCUGCAGGGGGCCCGGGGCCUGCUGUCUCGGCUGCCGCUGCUACAGCCUCCCCUGCUGGAACCAGCACUAGCUUUGGCUUCUCUAUGCCCCCGGCUCAGACCCUCAGCCCCUCGUCCUCCUCAUCCUCCUCCAAGGGUCCUGGCUCGGCCGAGCCGGUCCCCAGCGGGUCACCUUGAUUCCAGCUGCCCCUUGUACCUGCUCCCCCGGCCUCUCUUCCACUGGGAGGCCCUGCAUGAAUAUACAGUACAAUGAGAAACCAAUAAGAUUAACAAACUGUUGCACAACAAAUACCUCAUCAACCCUGUCAACGUCUUGGCUGUCCAAUCAUGAACACAGAGCCUGAGAAUAUUAUAUGACAACAUGUGCACGAACGCACAGCUAUGCAUUUUACUCAACACACACACUCAUACACACACACACACACACACACACACACUACAUAACAAACACACACAGACACACAAUCCACACACGUGUUAAUCCUAAUAUACAUGCUAAACACAAUCAGCUCAGCCAAAACCCACUGACAGGUGUAGUCACAACUGAACUUGAAAAGUUUUAUUUUAGGACAUUUUGUUUGUUUGUUGCCAUUUUUGUCGUCUUUUUUGAUUUUGUGUUUUAGAAUGAUUUUGUUUUUAGUUUUUCCCUUUUAACAUACCUCAAAUCAAGUAACCUGCAGUGGUGUCUUUACCUCAGGAGCUGUAGUAUAUUUAACCUGAAUCAACUUUAUUUUUGUAUUCUUUUUGACCUAGUUGCAAUCAGGGGAAGUCGGGUUAACUCUCACCAGUGGAACCUUGUGUACAUAGCAGCCACCUCUCAGUGACAGGCCUCCAAGCUGGGCCGCUCACGUUUCUUUAACAUGCUGUUGCCCCCUUUGCUGAAUUCAAACUGGUGAAUGAUCAGAUGCUGUAGAUCGGCACAUUAAAUACCUCAUUGCAUAACUCCGCCCUCAAUUCAGAUUAUGUGAAAUCCAUUGCAGAAAGGCUGGAAGUGCAAACCCUAAAUCUAACCUCUCCCCGGUCCACACACGCUGUCCUUAAACAAACAGUGCACAAAGCUGGGGGAACAGCAACUCACAAGCCUCGCAGACCCUGAGCUCAUGUCUCCACUCGGCUCCUAUCUUUGUUACAGAGCAGUAGCACCGAGGCCUUCUUAGCCCCCCUGCUACACAAUCAGAUUUGAGCUGUUUGUAGCUAAUUUUGUUUAUGCAUCCUUCCUCCAGCUGCAGCCACAGAGCUGAAUGCCGAUCUGACAGCAUCAUUGUCAACACAUAGUUCUCAGACCUCAUACCCGCCCCUCUGGUAUGGAGUCCAUUUCUCUCUCUCUCUCUCUCUCUCUCUCUCUCUCUCUCUCUCUCUCUCUCUCUCUCUCUCUCUCUCUCUCUCUCUCUCUCUCUCUCUCUCAGGAAGUGACAACUUCAAGGACUCACUGUUAAAUUAAAGGGAAACAAGAAAGGAUUCAUACCUGAAGAAUGCACAAGUCUACAUGACUGUUUAUACCUCAUCAGACUCCCUCACAAGGGGGGUUACACUACAUACCUCAUACGGCUGCAAGGCCAUCGUGACUUGACGCCCCAAAAACCUGUGAAUGGAAAUCGUACCUGAACUGAAACUGACACAAACAUACCCUAACACUCUGCUUAUGGUUUUGGGGACAAAUAGAACUGGGGUGGGCUCGCUAUCUCUCUCUCCUGUAUUUACUUGUAGAACUUUUUUUAUGCUUGCUUCCAUCUUUCUUUCUCUCUGCCUCCUUUCUGUCCUUUUUUCCUCCUUUCUUUGGUUUCUCGAGUUGUUUUCUGAGAAGAACGAUAUAUCUGCAUCAUUUUCAGGGAAGAGGAAAACAGCGUUAGCCAUUUCCUCACUGACAUAUGUAGAUUUGUGGGAUUGAUCACAGGUUUCAAGGUCACAAAGGUCGAGAUGAAUAAAGAAGAAACGACCGCAUUAACCUUGAAUUUGAUUGUGAUUUGCAUUAUCGCAGUUAAUAUCUUCUUUGAUUACAGCAGCGGAAUGAUAUGCAUGUGUACAAUCAUGUGACCAGUGCUUUAACACUCUUAUCCUCUGGUUCAUAUUAGACUCUGGUUAUUGCACAGCUAAAUACCAAAGACUAGCCCAGUCUCUCCUCUAGAAAGACCCCUAAUACUGUCCUGCUCACACCCACUGCGGUGCACUGUACGACAGGUCAAGGUCCAUUUUGGAAAAAAAUGUUGCAUCUAAUCUCACUUAAUCUUUUUUUUAUAUAUAUAAGAAUAUAUUUAGGGUGAUGUGAGGUAAAUUUCGUUGAUUUUGUGACAUGUACAGAUGGACAUUAUUUGUAGGCUAUUAGCAGAUAUUUAAGUGUCAUUGUCCAGAACUAGGCCCAGAUGCUGUUGCUUCUCCCUCUAAUUUAAUCCCACCCACUGUGGAUGCAGUGCUGCGCCGCCAAAGUGGACAGAUGCUCACGAGUUUAAUAAUUAUAAAGACCCACUUCCUGAUAAUGCAGGUAUUUUUCCUCCUUUAAUAUAAAUUCUUAGCAUUUUCAAAACACCAUAAUGGAUGGACAUGACUUUUCUAGCUUUAUCUGUGUUGAAUGUGAGGCAUUUAACUGUGUAGAAACCCCUUAAAGCCCGGUGUGAACUGAGGAGGCAGACUUGUUGCUUUUUACUAGACUGUAUUUUAGCCAUUACGUGUCAGGUUUUGCAGACGUUUUGCAGUGCAGAUCACAGUUGAGGGUUCGAGGGGCUGGACGAUGGUGCUGUUAGUCCUUUUUGCUGUACCCUUCAGAACCCUGUAUGACACAUAACUGUAUUUUAUAAUGGUGAGAAUUGUAGAUGCUGCCUUAAAAAUAGUUGCUGGUGAGAUCCGGACAGUGGAGCUUUCACUACUCAGCUGGCUGGGAAUAAAACAAAUGUCUUUCUCUUCGAGCUUAAUCCUUUGGAGAGUAAUCAAAGAAUUCAAUCAGAUGUUAGACACCAGUUGUGAGAGGAGAGUUUUGCUAUUUAUUUGUGUGUUUUUUUCUUCUGGUGGACCUUGUGUUUAGUAACAGUUGAGCUUAAAGACUUUGGGCUGUGUCACUAAAACACCUCCUUAUUUCUGAGUCCAAGCUUUCUGUUGCAUCUGCUAAGUCCAAGCAAUGACUGUUUGAUAAUGUAGAUUCACUGCCUUUGUAUGUCUGUGUGUGGUUGAGUGUGUUUCAUGUGUGUGCAAGCAGGUUCAGUGCAUACUGUGGUAGCAGUUUUAGCAUGUAGAGAAAUGUACCUUCAUGCACUUAUAAUAACAUUAAGGAUACUGCUGGUGGAGCUACUGUCAUGGUUAUAUCUUUGGAGAGGAGGGGCUUCUAAAAUCUUUACUGAGAUAUCUGGAGCAUGAGGUUUCAUUUACAGACAUGCAAUUCCCAGUUUGUUAAAUGGGAACAGCACUGUACAGCUACAGUUAUCUGCUGCUGCUGAAGAGUGAUGAAGUGUUGAAUGUCUGGUCACCUCCUUAAUGUCCGGGCUCCUCCCACCUGACCUGCUGCGUGGAUGAAUUUGUAUGUGUGUGUGUGUGUGUGUGUGCGUGUGUGUGUGUGUUUGUGUGUCUAUCACAGACACCCCCCCCAUCCAACCUCAUUAUACCACAAUACCUCAGGGCAGUGGGCUGUACUCACUGUUGCGUUCGGGGGGACGAGUACUGACGGAGGCUGCAGUCACUUCGCCGAAUGCUACUUUUGGUUUUUGGUGUUGCAUUUUGGGAUUUUUCUUUACGUUGUUGUUGUCAGUAACUGCCGGCAAAGUCUCGUCACUCAGGAAGCUGUGAAGUUGGAAGUCUGCAGAACCUCUUGUCUCUCAGAUGAUUUUGGAGUUAAUUCAGUUUUAAAUUGUUUAAGAACUAACCUGAUCUGUGUAAAAACAGGCGCAUAUGCAAGUGGUUAUCGAAUACCUCAUUUAUCAAUUUUAUGUUGUUUUUUGGCUUGUACAAUGCUCCGUAUAUUAAUUCAACUGUGGGGUUUGUGCAUAUUUUUGUACUGUUAUUAUUAUGGACAUGAUAAUAAUGAUAUUAUAGUUUUCUCUUUGAUUAAAGUAAACAAAAAAUAGGACAAAAUACAUGAAUGCUUGUAAAAACUGGUUUGUGCUGAUUGUAUUUAAGAGGAGCACUUUUCCAAAGUGGUUUUCACACAUUCAGUUUUGUUCAUAUUAGUAAUAUAAAGAUAUGGUUCUCAGGGCUUUAAACUUGUAUGUCAUGAUAAAGUUUUACUUUAUAUCUUA